GCGAGGCGCGCAGGCGCAGAGAGAAACGAGGGCGGUGUCGGACGGAGGGGCCGCGGGUGCCGGCUGACCCAGCAGUGGCUGCGGCGGGAAGAUGGCGGAGCUGCGCGCGCUCGUGGGUGUCAAGAGGGUCAUCGACUUCGCGGUGAAGAUUCGGGUGAAGCCCGACAAGUCGGGCGUGGUCACCGACGGUGUGAAACACUCCAUGAACCCCUUCUGCGAGAUCGCAGUGGAGGAAGCUGUGCGGCUCAAGGAGAAGAAGCUGGUGAAGGAGGUGAUCGCUGUCAGCUGUGGCCCCUCACAGUGCCAGGAGACCAUCCGCACAGCUCUGGCCAUGGGAGCAGAUCGAGGCAUCCACGUGGAGGUGCCAGCUGCGGAGGCGGAGCGCUUGGGUCCCCUGCAGGUGGCCCGGGUCCUGGCCAAGCUGGCUGAGAAGGAGAAGGUGAAUCUGGUGCUGCUGGGUAAGCAGGCCAUCGAUGAUGACUGUAACCAGACAGGGCAAAUGACAGCUGGACUUCUGGACUGGCCACAGGGCACGUUUGCCUCCCAAGUGACUCUAGAGGGGGACAAGUUGAAAGUGGAGCGGGAGAUUGACGGAGGCCUGGAAACCAUACGCCUGAAGCUGCCGGCUGUGGUGACCGCUGACCUGAGACUCAACGAGCCCCGCUACGCCACACUGCCCAACAUCAUGAAAGCCAAGAAGAAGAAGAUCGAAGUGAUCAAGGCCGGGGACCUGGGUGUGGACCUGACUUCCAAGAUUUCUGUGGUCAGCGUGGAGGACCCACCUCAGCGCACGGCCGGUGUCAAGGUGGAGACCACUGAGGACCUGGUGGCCAAGCUGAGGGAGGUGGGGCGGAUUUGAGCCCUCUCACUGAAAAUCAGCAAUAAAACCAUGACCUCUUAA